CCCGUCGUACAUGCUGCAAGCACCUAAAACAACUCCAAACUAGAAUUUUGAAAAAUGGCGGGAUCACAUUCACUUUCAUGGCCAGCAACAGCGGCGGCAGAGCAGUCGGAGCUGCCGCCGUCGUCAAUGUCAAUCGCCACCGUAACAAACCAGUGGGAAGCUGAAUACGCUCGGUUCAUCCUCUAUCCUCCAGCUUCUCCUCAUCCCUCUCAUCCGUCUCUCGUCCCUCUUAGACGAAAGCACUGUACAAGCGGCAAAUGGAUAUCCUCUUCCUCCCUCGUUUCUCUCAAACUCCGCACUGAUAGAUCCGAUCCUAAUCGCGGUUUCAUCCUCAUCCUCGCUUUCCAUCACACGAUCCUCGAAGAACAUUACGUUUCGAGGCUAAUGUUCUCAUGGCCUCAGGUCUCAUGUGUAUCAGGUUUUCCAACAAGGGGAACUAGAGCUGUCUUUGUGAGCUACAGGGAUUCUGUUGGCCAGAUUCAAAAAUUCGUCCUGCGGUUCUUGACAAUCUACGAGAUAGAGAAUUUCAUGAAUGUUUUAAAGGGAAGAUUGGACAGCGCAAGUCCUCCUGCUCUUCCGUGUCUUGAAUUUGAUUCAGUGAUAUCUUCUCAAUCUGAGUUUAUUCCUUUCGGAGGAGCUUCACAAAGGGACAAUGAAGGAUGGAUAUAUACAGCUUCAGGUGACUCUAGUUCCCAUCAUAUGCCAGUAACCUGGGCACCUGGAUUUUCUCAAGGUUCACAUACAGAGGAAAUGAGACUAAAUCGCGAAGCUGAGGAGAUUCUUUCAGCUUUUCCUCCCAGUUUCACGUCCUUCUUGAUGAACUGCGGCCCUGAAGCUGAUCAAGUUGCUGCACAGUCAAGUACGACGAAGGAGGUUGACCUUAAAGACCAAAUUGCGAAAUAUCUAGAAGAUUCUUCAUUCCAAGAUAUGCUGGUCAAAGUUGAGGAAGUCAUCCGUGAAUUGGGAGAUAAUACAGUGCUAUAGCUGCACCAGAGGUGAUGCAAAAAAAAAAA